GAUUCAUUGUCUUGGUGAGAUGUUUAUUCAUGAGCACGCACAGCUCCUAUGGAAGGAUUUACCACUAAUCUCUACAUUAAUACCCUCAAGCAGCCUGUGUAGAACAUAAAUGAACAACGCGUCUGGAGGCAGGGAUGUGAAUGCUGCUGUUCAGAGUGGAUCCUUGGAGAGUUUGUGAGUUUGUUCCUGUGUGAAACUUUAUUCGGAGGUUAGCUUUGCUCUGCAGGCUCUGUUGAAGACAAGUGGAUUUUGACAUUUUAGUGUUUUAUGGGAGCCAAGUGGUACAAGUUUUGGAGGUGUUUGACAGAGAACAACUUUUCAUUUAGCUGAUCUGUCAAGAAAUUAAAUUGAACACAGCAAAACUGCUUUGUGGGUAAAGGUUCAGCAGCUUUUUAUAGAUUAUUGUGUAUGAUUUGCAUCUUGUUGGUGAUUUGUGUUUGUGCAAGAGAUUUUUAGUUUGUUUGCAGUGGUUCAUCUCUGUGACUGAUGUAGAUUUUGGUCCAACGGGUUUGUCUGUCUAUAUUAAAGUGGUCGUAAUUGCUUGAGUGUGUGUUUGUAUGUGGGCUGUUGUGUAGUUUUUUGUUUUUGGCUGCCAUGCCCUUGCCAGCGCCUGAUGUCCCGGCCUCUCCGAGGCUGGCACUGGACUGUCAUACUGUUCUGGACCAUCACACUGGCACGGGGGUUUGUGGUUGUUGUGGGGCCCUCAGGCCUCGCUACAAGAGACUGGUAGACAACAUCUUCCCAGAAGACCCAGAGGAUGGGCUGGUGAAGGCCAACAUGGAGAAGCUGACAUUCUACGCCCUGUCAGCUCCAGAGAAGCUGGACCGUAUCGGAGCAUACCUGUCUGAGAGACUGUCAAGAGAUGUGGCUCGACACAGAUACGGAUAUGUGAGAAUUGCCAUGGAAGCAUUGGACCAGCUGCUCAUGGCCUGCCACUGCCAGAGCAUCAACCUGUUUGUGGAGAGCUUCUUAAAGAUGGUGCGCAAGCUGCUCGAGUCAGACAAGCCCAGCCUGCAGAUCCUGGGAACAAACUCUUUUGUCAAAUUUGCCAACAUAGAGGAGGACACACCUUCGUACCACCGCAGUUAUGACUUCUUUGUGUCACGCUUCAGUGAGAUGUGUCACUCCAGCUAUGAGGAUCCGGACAUCCGCACCAAGAUCCGGAUGGCCGGCAUAAGAGGCCUGCAGGGUGUGGUGAGGAAGACUGUGAAUGAUGAGCUGCAAGCCAACAUCUGGGACCCUCAGCACAUGGACAAGAUUGUCCCAUCACUGCUCUUCAACCUGCAGAGUGGUGAACGCACAGAGAGUCGUUCUCCAUCCCCACUGCAGGCUUUGGAGAAGGACAAAGAAAGCCCGGUGGAGCUGACAGAGCGCUGCUUCAGGGAGCUGCUGGGACGCGCCGCCUAUGGCAACAUCAAGAACGCCGUCACUCCUGUACUCAUGCACUUAGAUAACCACUCUCUGUGGGAGGGGAAGACCUUUGCUGUGCGCUGCUUUAAGAUCAUCAUGUACUCCAUUCAGUCUCAGCACUCUCACUUAGUGAUCCAGCAACUUCUCGGUCAUCUGGAUGCAAACAGUAAGAACGCUGCCACGGUACGAGCAGGAAUAGUGGAAGUUUUGCUGGAAGCAGCCGCCAUCGCAGCCAGCGGCUCAGUCGGUCCCACUGUGUUGGAGGUGUUCAACACUCUGCUGCGACAGCUGCGUUUGAGCGUGGACUACGAGCUAACUGGCUCCUGUGAUGGCAGCACCAACAUCGGCACCAAAAUCAUCAAAGCUCACGAGGAGCGCCAGCUGCAGGAGGCCGUCAUCAGGACCAUCGGUUCAUUUGCCAAUACCCUACCAACGUACCAGAGGUCAGAGGUCAUGCUCUUCAUCAUGGGAAAGAUCCCCGUUCCUGGGAUUCACCCUGCUCUGCCCUCUACUGCUUCUGGGCCCGAGGGGACCCGCAUGAUCCAGGUUAUGUUGCUAAAGUCCUUAGUCCAGGUGACAUCCGGCUUCCAGACCACCAACAUGCUGACGGCACUUCCCAGUUCUUUUCUGGAGCCGCUGCUGUCCUUCUCCCUGACUGAGGAUCCAGAGAUCCGGCUGCUGGUGCUCCAAAUCCUCCUCAGUCUCAUCGACAGACAUGACAACAGGCCCAAGUUCUCCAACAUAAGGAUCAUCUCCGACAUCUCUGUGCUCAAGCUUAAAGUCGAUAAGUGCUCCAGACAAGACAAUCUGUUCAUGAAGAAGCAUGGCCAGCAGCUGUACCGGCACAUCUAUCUGGGCUGCAAGGAGCACAGCAGCGGUCGGCCGCACUACGAGGCGCUCUUUGCGCUCCUUGGCCUCCUCAGCGUGGAGCUGGCCAACGAAGAGGUGGUCGUGGACCUCAUUCGCCUGACGCUCGCAUUGCAGGAUCUGGCUCUGUCCACCGAAGAGCCGCUGCCUGUUUAUAACCGCUGCGCUGUUCACGCCCUCGCUGCUGCCUACCUCAACCUCAUUUGCCAGCUCACCACUGUUCCAGCCUUCUGUCAGCACAUACACGAGGUGAUUGAGGUGAGACAGAAAGAAAGCUCCUACCUUUUGCCCGAAGAUGUCUUCGUUGAUAACCCCAAGCUGCCAUCCUCACUGGAGAAGGUGGAAGGAGACGUGUUGUUCCUGCAGUCAAAGAUCACUGAGGUCCUUGGAGGCAGCGGUUACAACACAGAGCGACUGGCUACACCUUACGUCCCGCAGUAUACCGAUGAGGACCGUCUGUCCAAGAGGAAAAGCAUUGGUGAGACCAUCUCGCUCCAAGUGGAGGUUGAGUCAAGAAACAGCCCAGAGAAAGAGGAGAGAACACCUGCAGAGGAGAUCACAUUUGAAACACUGAAAAAUGCAAUCGUGGACAGUGUGGGUAUGGAGGAGCAGGAGAGGGAGAGGAGAAGACAAGUGGUGGAGAAGUUCCAGAAGGCUCCGUUUGAGGAGAUCGCUGCCCACUGUGGGGCCAGGGCCACAUUGUUACAGAGCAAACUGAAUCAGAUCUUUGAGAUUACCAUCAGACCGCCACCCAGCCCAUCUGGAACCAUCUCCUCAGGUUACGGUCAAAACCAGUCUCGAUCUGUACCCAUCUACGAGAUGAAAUUUCCUGAUCUUUGUGUGUACUAGAAGAGUUCACGCUGAGAUUUAGGAGGGAAAACAAAGGUCUUGGUCACACUAAGAGUUUGUGAGGCGAAUUUCUUUUUCAUGUCUUGGAAAAUGGGCGUGGCUGGAAGCGUUUUGUCUUUUUGCAAAUCCUGCAGCUGUUACUGUGGUUUCGUUAUGAAGCCAUUCUUGAAGAAGGAAAAAAAAAAGAAAAAAAAUCUUCACACUUUACAACUGCAGCGUUAAACACGUUUAGUGAACUAGCUAACGGGAUAGUAGCCUAAUGUUUCCCACCGAACAUGUUUGCAGAAUGAGGACUUGAUCUCAGACAAGCUCAAGAAGCUCAUUCAACAAGUUAUACGCUAGCUAGCCACGCUUUCUGAGCUACGCUAGUUGGUUUGGUAGCUAGCAUGGUCACUACCCAGAUAAAAAUUUACCCAGUCAUAGAGAAUGUAUUUGCACUAUCCACUCUCUGUUUUACAAAACUCGUCUUUCUGUGUUUGUGGAACACUUUGUACUUCAGUCAAACAUGAUUUUAUGAAUUUUGGAAUAUGCAGCGCAGCAAGCUAAUAUGUUUGGCCUCAUUUUGGACACGGUUAGCCUCUGUCGCCUCAAAAGCAAACAGUUUCAAGAUGGUUUGUGAUUGGACAUCUGUAAAUUUGUAGCUCUGAGUUGAAGUUAACGUAAAGUAAACCUUUUAAAUGUUUCACACCCUUCAACACAUCCAGUGAUCGAGGAAAAUGCAUCAAUAUUUGCUGCCAGAAUGCUACUGUGACCAGCCUUUUACUCUGUACCCUACCAUCAACCAGCUACAGGGGAUCUACAGUCAUUUGAAACCAACUCCAGAUCAGGACUCAUUUUUAUUAUUAUUAUUUUAUUUUAAUUUUUUUUGCUGUUUGGAUGUUAAUGUCAGUGAAUGCAGCAGUCGCCCAAACCGCCAUUUCCUGCGGAGAUCUCGACUUGCACUGAGUGGAUUUUCAGAUGUAGAUGGAACAUUUUAAUGAGAACAAGCCACAUUCCCAGCUUUAGUAUUUUACUUUUAUUAUUAUUUAACUGAAUUAACUUGUUGCAUGUUGUGUUUUUUGGAAAAACUCUCGAUGGCACUGCGAUUUUUCUGACAUUACUCUUUAACUCUUUUCUCCCCUGACAGGGUGCCAUACAACU